AAAGCAUCCCUUCGGACAUUUACACUUACACCGCAGAGGUUUUUAUAGCAGAGCUGGAGAGGCUUCAUACAAGAGAUGAGGGUACAAGAAGGUAGCCAUCUAAUCUCAUAUCAGCCUCAAGAUGUCCAUGCACUUAGCAUCUCAGUGCAAGGAGUUAAACAACCCAGCCAACUCCACAUACUCACUAUGGAAACCACUGGCCCAUCUCUUCUCUCUGUCAGUAACAUGACAACAAUAAUUCUCAUGAAGACACAAUGCAGAUUUCUGGCAAAUGAAUAGGGGAUUCCUCUGCGGAGGGCCUCGCUAUACAAGUAGCUGGAAAGAGAUUGCAUUCUACUCAUUUCUGCACAAUAUUUCACCGCAGGAAGACAUUGGAGAAUGUGGCAGAUCAUCUGCUUGAUGUGGGGCUGUAUCUUAUUCUUAGAAGUGACGUCUGCUGAGCAUUUUUACCGUGCUGGGCGUAGGAUCUGCUCAUCUAGCAGUCAGAGCGGAGCUGUGUCAGUUACGCAGUCGUUUGUACAACCUGUGCACAAACCGCUAAUGAUGCUUUGUGAAGGGCACAAAAUCUGCAGUACAUACAGAACCACCUAUAAAGUAGCCUACAGACAGGUCCCUAAGAGAACGCAUUUUCCCCUUUACACGUGUUGCCCAGGAUGGAGGAGGCUGGAAACGCACACGCACAGUUGUAACAAAGUGUCUUGUCUAUUACCGUGUCAGAACGGGGGUGUCUGCUUAGGUAUCAACAAAUGCCAGUGCCCCGCGGGCUGGAGCGGAAAUUACUGCCAAACAGAUGUGGAUGAGUGCAGCAGCGGAGGUCAUCAGUGCCCCCAGAGCUGCAUAAACACUGCAGGAAGCUUCAGGUGUGAGUGCCAAGAGGGCUUCCAGGUCUCGCAGGGGGGGAAGAAUUGUCUUAGAAAGCAAAAGCCAGCAGAAGCCGAGUCUCCUCACGUCAAUGCAUCAGUUAAUGAAGCAGGUGUUUCACAUUCUGUGAAGGAGGACAUGCAGGAGCUCAGGAGCAAGAUUGAUUUGUUAGAGCAGAAGCUGCAGCUGGUGAUUGCGCCGUUUCACAAUCUCCUUUCCGCUUCUUCGGAGAACCACGCAGAUCCCAUCAGUUUACUGACACAUUCCUUCCAACAGCUGGACCGGAUAGACUCACUAAGUGAGCAGAUCUCCUUCUUGGAAGAAAGACUGGAGACGUGUUCGUGUAAGAAUGAAUUAUGAUCUACACAUAAUGCAGAAAUGAAAACUACUUUCACUUGGAUAACAGACUCUCAUACAAGCAGCAUCUGUAAAUAUUUAAAAAAAAACAAUGUCACUGCCAAGGUGAGAAUCAGUGACCGUCUUCCUAAUUGUACAUAUUCCAUUUUUAUUUUUAAAGAUGUCUUCCCUAUCUCAGCUACCACACGGGCAGUGACAUAGAGAUGUAAUGUGUCUAGUGACAGAAUCUUGUACAUAAAGCAUUGCAUUCUGGGUGUGAGAGUGACAAAAGCAGAUUUUUAUAUGUAUUUUAGAGCACAUAAAAUUACUUUCUGCCUUCUCUAUUCCAUAAGCUACUUGGGUUUCAGAAUCAGACAGACAUUUAUAUUAAAAGUUAUCCAGUAACUAUAGAGAUUUGCUGCUUUGAAUAUAAUGUUUUUUUUUUCUAAUUGAAAAUGAAAAAUUUAAGCAAUUGAGUAUUUUAUAUUUAUAUGGAAACAGUCACCAAAUGAACUUCCUUUGGAAAUAGUUAAAUCACCUAUCAACACAAACUAGAUAAAAUUACCUGCAGUUAAUGCUUUUUAUAAGAUUUAUAUUAUUUCAGGCAGAAGACACUGUAGAGACCACAUAGUAUGUGUAGCUAUUAUAACACAGACGAGCUGUUCACGUUAACCUCUCUGAAGCACCAACAUCAUGAGCUAUAAGUUGCAGCCAUCUCAGGCAUCCAAAGGGUUAACACUAACCAUAACCCUAUUGAAAUUGCAGUAGUAAACCUCCACAGUACUUAGUGGUUAUCAGAAGGAGUCAGCCUCAUACUCUCUUGCUCUCUAAGUAACCCAUGGAUAGUCUUUAUAAUUUAGUCAAAUGUGCUGUACAUUUUCUCUUUUAUAUUUAUUGGUUGCGAUUAUCUUACAUUUGUAUCAAAAUAGACACAACAGGCAGCUGCCCUGGGGCAUAUCUUUAUGAUACUUGUCAUAACAUCCUACUCAGAUCCUGGCAUCUAAUUUUCUUUACACACAGCAGCAUUAACCUGAGGCUGCACAAGAGCAUAGUCGUGUAAUGAGUGUUAAUACAGUGAUGAUAUCAUAGGGCAUAUACCGGGCACACAUUGCAAAACCUGGGCACACAUUGCAUAUACCCGGGCACACAUUGCAUAUACCCGGGCACACAUUGCAAAACCUGGGCACACAUUGCAUAUACUGGGCACACAUUGCAUAUACUGAACGCACAUUGCAAAACCUGGGCACACAUUGCAUAUACUGGGCACACACUGCAUAUACUGAACGCACAUUGCAAAACCUGGGCACACAUUGCAUAUACUGGGCACACAUUGUAUAUACUGGGCACAUAUUGCAUAUACUGGGCACACAUUGUAUAUACUGGGCACACAUUGCAUAUACUGGGCACACAUUGCAUAUACUGGACACACAUUGCAAAACCUGGACACACAUUGCGAAACCUAGGCACACAUUGCAUAUACUGGGCACACAUUGUAUAUACUGGUCACACAUUGUAUAUACUGGGCACACAUUGCAUAUAUAUUGGGCACACAUUUAAUAUACUGGGCACACAUUGCAUAUACUAGACACACAUUGCAUAUACUGGACACACAUUGCAUAUACUGAACACACAUUGCAUAUACUGGGCACACAUUGCAAAACUUGGGCACACAUUUAAUAUACUGGACACACAUUGUAUAUACUGGGCACGCAUUGCAUAUACUGGGCACACAUUGCAUAUACUGGGCACACAUUGUAUAUACUGGACACACAUUGUAUAUACUGGACACACAUUGUAUAUACUGAACACACAUUGCAUAUACUGGACACACAUUGCAAAACCUGGGCACACAUUGCAUAUACUGGGCACACAUUGCAUAUACUGGGCACACAUUGCAUAUACUGGACACACAUUGCAUAUACUGGACACACAUUGCAUAUACUGGACACACAUUGCAAAACCUGGGCACACAUUGCAUAUACUGGGCACACAUUGCAUAUACUGGACACACAUUGUAGCAGUGGAAUUACUGAUACUGUAACUACACCCAGGUUUAUUUUCUGUAUAUGUUUCAGUCACUUUUUAAUAAUGCCUUUAAAAAAAUAAUAAUUUCAAGAAAAUAAAAAUAAUGUUUAAUGAACUUGCAUUUGCAUGUGAGUCUAUAGUCACUGCUUUGUGUGUUUUUCGUUUGGCUACUAGUGAAUAUUCAUGUAAAUAAUAGAUAUUUUUGUAUACAUGGUACAAUAUUGUUUUGUAGUAAACGUGUGUAAUGUAUUUAGUAAGAAGAUGAAUAAUAGAUGACACUGUAUAUAUUUUUUAUCCAUGAAUUCAUAAUAAAAUACAAGUUGAAUAAA